UCGCAAAUUACCAUUCUUUCUUGCUUUUCUGCUUCCACAAUCCAUUAUUCCAUAUUCUAAAUUCUAAUUUGUUCUUGUGCUCUAUAUUCCCUUCAAAGUUCUACAGUUCAGAACGAACGAACACACCGUCAAUCACUCAUCAUCGUCGUCGUCAUCAUCAUCAUCAUCACCACCACAUCAUGUCGAAUCCACCUAAGCUCGGUCGAGUUCCCAGCAUCAGAGACAGAGUUCAAGACACUCUCUCUGCUCACCGCAACGAACUCGUUUCUCUCCUCUCCAGGUAUGUGGCUCAGGGGAAAGGGAUUUUGCAACCUCAUAGUUUGAUCGAUGAGCUUGAAAAUAUCCUUGGUGAGGAUCAAUCUACAGUGGAGCUUAAAAAUGGUCCCUUUGGCGAAAUCAUCAAGUCUGCACAGGAAGCCAUAGUUUUGCCUCCCUUUGUGGCCAUAGCAGUUCGUCCAAGACCUGGUGUGUGGGAAUAUGUCCGUGUUAAUAUAUUUGAACUCAGUGUGGAGCAAUUGAGUGUUUCUGAAUAUCUCAGCUUCAAGGAAGAACUUGUAGAUGGACAGAUUAACGAUAAUUUUGUGCUGGAGCUUGAUUUUGAACCAUUUAAUGCAUCAUUUCCACGCCCCACUCGUUCAUCAUCCAUUGGCAAUGGUGUCCAAUUUCUCAAUCGCCACCUUUCUUCAAGUAUGUUUCGCAACAAAGAUUCCUUGGAGCCCUUGCUUGAAUUCCUACGUGUUCACAAGUAUAAAGGCCAUGCACUGAUGUUAAAUGACCGUAUACAAAGCAUUUCCAAACUUCAAUCUGCUCUGGCCAAGGCUGAGGAGUAUCUUUCUAAGCUUGCACCUGAAACACUUUAUUCCGAGUUUGAAUAUGUGUUACAAGGAAUGGGUUUUGAGAGGGGUUGGGGUGACACUGCUGAACGUGUAUUAGAGAACAUGCAUUUGCUAUUGGAUAUUCUCCAGGCUCCUGAUCCUUCUAUACUAGAGACUUUUCUUGGGAGAGUGCCUAUGGUGUUUAAUGUUGUUAUAUUAUCUCCUCAUGGCUACUUUGGCCAAGCCAAUGUCCUGGGUUUGCCUGACACUGGAGGACAGGUUGUUUAUAUACUAGAUCAAGUUCGUGCCCUUGAGAAUGAGAUGCUCCUUCGGAUCCAGAAGCAAGGACUUGAUUUUACUCCUAGAAUUUUGAUUGUUACCAGGUUGAUACCUGAUGCAAAGGGUACAACAUGCAACCAGCGGCUAGAAAGAGUCAGUGGUACUGAGUACACUCAUAUUUUGCGAGUUCCAUUCAGAUCUGAUAAAGGAACCCUCAAGAAAUGGAUCUCGAGGUUUGAUGUCUGGCCAUAUCUUGAGACUUAUGCAGAGGAUGUUGCCAGUGAAAUUGCUGCUGAGUUACAAGGUUAUCCAGAUUUCAUCAUUGGAAACUACAGUGAUGGGAACCUUGUUGCAUCUUUAUUGGCUUAUAAGAUGGGAGUUACCCAGUGCACAAUUGCGCAUGCGCUGGAGAAGACAAAAUAUCCAGAUUCAGAUAUAUAUUGGAAGAAAUUUGAGGAUAAAUAUCAUUUUUCAUGUCAGUUCACUGCUGACUUAAUAGCUAUGAAUAAUGCAGAUUUUAUCAUCACUAGUACAUACCAAGAGAUUGCGGGAACGAAGAAUACUGUUGGCCAGUAUGAGAGCCACACUGCUUUUACUCUUCCUGGACUCUAUAGGGUUGUCCAUGGCAUUGAUGUGUUUGAUCCCAAGUUCAAUAUUGUCUCUCCUGGAGCAGACAUGUCAAUCUAUUUCCCCUACUCCGACAAGCAGAAAAGAUUAACAUCUCUGCAUGGUUCCAUUGAAAAGCUAUUAUUUGAUCCUGAGCAGACUGAUGAGCACAUUGGCACGCUGAAAGACAAGUCAAAGCCUAUAAUAUUCUCCAUGGCAAGGCUAGACAGAGUAAAAAACAUCUCUGGCUUGGUAGAAAGCUUUGCUAAGAACAACAAAUUGAGGGAAUUGGUGAACCUUGUGGUGGUUGCUGGUUAUAUUGAUGUGAAAAAGUCCAGGGACAGAGAAGAAAUAUCAGAAAUUGAGAAGAUGCAUGGUCUCAUAAAAGAGUACAAUCUCGAUGGUGAUUUUCGGUGGAUUGCUGCCCAAACAAAUAGAGCACGUAAUGGUGAGCUGUAUCGCUACAUAGCGGACACAAAAGGUGUUUUCGUUCAGCCUGCUUUCUAUGAAGCUUUUGGUCUUACAGUUGUGGAGGCCAUGACUUGUGGCCUUCCCACAUUUGCUACCUGCCAUGGUGGUCCUGCUGAGAUCAUCGAACAUGGUGUAUCAGGAUUCCAUAUUGAUCCUUAUCACCCUGACCAAGUUUCUGAGAUUUUGCUUGGAUUCUUCCAAAAAUGCAAUGAAGAUCCAAGCCAUUGGAAUAAAAUAUCUGAUGGUGGUCUUCAAAGAAUUUAUGAAAGGUACACAUGGAAGAUAUAUUCUGAAAGGCUUAUGACCUUGGCUGGAGUUUAUAGUUUCUGGAAACACGUCUCCAAAUUAGAAAGGCGUGAAACCCGAAGAUAUCUUGAGAUGUUCUAUAUUCUGAAGUUCCGCGAUUUGGUAAAUUCAGUUCCGCUGGCAAAGGAUGAUGAUGCAAAUUAGCCAGCUGGUUUGUCCCAACAGCUUUUGUAUUUUCACCAGGUGUUGACAGCAGACAAUAAGAGUCUUAUACCGAGUGUAUAUAAGUCUGCUUCUUGUGUUGUAAAAUCUUGUUCUGCAAAAAAUGUAGGAGCUUCAUGGAUAGUUGUCCAUGUUAGCUCUGAUUGUCUCGGUGAUUCUGGGAACUCAUUGUUGGAUGUAUCGUUUCCCCUUGGCUUAGCACUUAGCCAAGCUGUUGUGAAAGCUCGAAUAUAAUUGAAAGCUCAAAUUUGCGAGUUUUUAGGAUUA